AUGUCUAAAUCUGUUAAUAUCGCUAUCAUUGGUGCUGGUUUGGUUGGCUCUGCUUUCAUCAACCAGCUCAAGUCCAUCUCUCCAUCUUCCAUCAACUACAAUGUUGUCCUGAUUGCCACCGGUAGCAAGGCUCUGAUCAGCAAGGAGUAUUCACCAUUGGAUCUUUCUGCAUGGGAUUCCUCGCUUAAGGCUUCCACUUCAGCCGCAUUGGCAAUUCCUGAGAUUUUGGCGUUCCUCUCCAAAUCUCCUCUCCCCACAAUUCUGGUCGAUAACACCUCCAACGCAGAUUGGGCAGCUGCCUAUCCAAGUUUCGUCAAGAGCGGCAUCUCUAUCGCCACUCCAAACAAGAAGGCCUUCUCGAGCGACCUGGACUUGUGGAACCAGAUCUUUGACGCCUCUUCUGCUCCUAACGGUGGCUUGGUCUACCAUGAGGCCAGUGUUGGAGCAGGCCUGCCAAUCAUUAACAACUUGAAGGAGCAGAUUCAGACCGGCGACAAGGUCGAGAGCAUUGAGGGUAUCUUCUCGGGAACUUUGUCCUAUAUCUUUAACGAGUGGUCCACCAUUGCUCCUAACGAUGCCAAGUUCUCUGAUGUGGUCAAGGUCGCCAAGGAACUGGGUUACACGGAGCCUGAUCCAAGAGAUGACUUGAACGGCCUAGACGUUGCUAGAAAGGUCACCAUUCUGGCUAGAAUCGCUGGCUUGGAGGUUCAGUCGCCAACUUCGUUCAGUGUUCACUCGCUGAUUCCAAAGCCUCUGGAGUCUGUUUCCUCGGGGGCAGAAUAUCUGGAGAGACUCCCAGAGUUCGAUGACGAAAUGAAGAAGCUCAAGGACGAGGCUGCAUCCGAAAACAAGGUGCUGAGAUUCAUCGGUAAGGUUGAUGUCCCAACCAAGACUGUUUCCGUUGAGAUUGGAAAGUACGAUUUCAGCCACUCCUUUGCAUCUUUGAAGGGUUCUGAUAACGUGGUCUCCAUCAAGACCGCACGUUACCAGAACCCACUGGUCAUCCAGGGUGCCGGUGCUGGUGCAGAAGUUACUGCUGCUGGUGUUUUGGCCGAUGUGAUAAAGGUCGCCCAAAGGGUUGGUGCUUGA